AUGUCGAUUAUUCGUCACAGGAGCCGCAUACGGCCGAGCAGAGCCAGGCUCCGCACUCCUAUGAAGCGCACCACCACCGAGCCUCUCUCCAACAUGCCGGCCUGCCGAGCUUGCACGAACCGCCCACUCACCAAACCCAUCAUGGCCUGUCACAACAUUAUGCCCAAGCCCAUCAUCCUCAUCCGAUCCUCACAGAUCCGGGCCACAUGGGCGAACAUCCCGGCGCACGACACAUGGGUCAUUCCGGACCGCCUCACUUUGGUGGACCAGCAAAAUGACCUGGACUCCAUGCAACAGAUGUCGUUGGGAGCAGCCUACGCACAAGCAGCAGCGGCUCCGCCUCAGCAUCAUCACCACCGCCUACCAGACACCGGCCCCCCGAACAAGCUUUUGAGGCGGGAAGGGGAAGGUAGCGGCGGUGGUGGAGCUCCCAGUGUCGUUGGACAAGCAGGAAUGCCGCCUCCAGCCCCGAGACCAAGAGGUCCCAAGCUCAAGUUUACGCCAGAGGACGACCAGCUGUUGAUUGACCUGAAGGAAAACAAGAGCUUGACCUGGAAGCAAAUUGCCGACUUUUUCCCUGGAAGAUCUUCCGGAACUCUUCAGGUGCGAUACUGUACAAAGUUGAAGGCGAAAACAACACAGUGGACGGAUGAAACGGACCAAAAGCUCAAGACGGCGCUGCAAGACUACGAAAACGAGAAGUGGAGGAUUGUUGCCAACAAAGUUGGGACAGGAUUCACUCCAGUCGCAUGUCGUGAAAGAGCGGCGCAGUUGAUGGGAGAGAACUUAUAG